AAGGAGUUCCCGAGACUGAAAAGAGCAGAAAGAGACCCUGACGAGACGUUCUGAAACAUGACGUUGAUCUCGAAGAAUAACGGCGCCAUUCCGCGCACGAAUCGCCAGAAUGCUCCGCAGCCGCAAGCCAGCACUUCCGGAUCAUCCUCCAGCAGCGUGUCGCCGGAGAACAUGAACCGCGGACAGCAGGAGACGCGGACGCUGCUGUACUCCGAGCUGUUCCAGGGCUCUUCCAUGUGGAGUGCCCGGAAUGGCAACAACGCUCCCGCGGAGCCGAUCAGGCCUCCGCCUGGCUUGGGCGGUCUGAGCAACAGCGAGGCGAUCGAUCUGGAGGAGUUCGUCGUGAAUACUCGUCUGGGUGCCAUCGGCACACCGCGGCAGUCGCCCAAGGAGGAAGACGGCGCCGUGGGCUACUCUAGCCCCAGCCCGGCUUCUGAUGAGACUCCGCCGGGCUUUUCCGGCUUGAACUACCGCUGUGGAAAUUGCCAGAUGCACCACGCCAUCUCUCGCUGCAUCAGCUGUAACGACAUCCUCUGCGAAGAUUGCGUCCAACGCCAUGUGUAUCGCAACUUAGCUAGCGAUCACAUGAUUGUCCCUCUGAACGUGCCGCAGUCCUCGGUUCCCGUCAGCACCAUGGUCUCCAUGGCCAGCCUGAACGUGGGACCGCGCUGUCCAUUGCACAACGAAUCCCUGCGCUACGUGUGCGAAACGUGCUUCAUGAACGUGUGCCAGGACUGCACGCUGUGGGAGCACAAGGAUCACCACUGCGUCCUGGCCAUGGAAGUGGUGGAGAACGCUCAUGGAAAGCUGAACGCCAUCUUCAACUACGGUAAGAUGGGCACGCAGAAGAUCAAGUGCAGCAUCGACAAGGCGGUGAUCUACUCGCAGGCUAUCGAACGUGAGACUUGCGAGCUGGCCAACCGCAUCCGCAAGACAAUGAGAGCGCUCUGCAGCGCCGUGGAAGAGCGCGAACGCGCUCUCUUAGAUCGCCUUGAGAAGAUGCGCUAUCAGAAGCUGACGAUCCUGUCGGAUCAAAUGACAGGGCUCAGGGCUGCGCUGGCGGGCAUUGCUCAGACGUCUGUGGAGCUCACGAAGGCCCAGCAGGUGCUGCCCACACUCAACCAGACGGACCUCGCACUCGUGUUGGUGCGCACGGAGAACCAGAUGUUCGAGUUCUCGGAGAUGUACAAGAGUCUGCAGCCCAAGGAGGAGGUCUUCGCGUUCAUCCCACCCAGCUUCGAUCUCGCCACUGAGAUCAAGAAGCAGGGCGACGUACAGCUCCAGGAGCGCCGCUUGCCAAACGGAGAUUUGCCUGAAGCACCGCUUCAGCUGAACGGGGGCUGCAAUCUCCUGCGCAGGCGUCCAAUCCUGCGAGCUCUCGAAGGAAUACCUCCGGCGGCUCCGCCGGCUCUGCUGCCACCGCCUGUUAUAGAGGAGCGGCGCCCGGAGAUCCCGGAAAUCAUGCCCAGGGAGCUCUCUCCGGCCUUCGGAGACGCUUCCACAAGGGCAGAGUUCGGCGGCAGUCUCUGCCUCCCUGGGCAUCCGUUUCCCAUCCGCGUACGCUUCACCCAGGGCCCGAUGGUGUCCUUCGCUUUCGAGGGCUCCGGCGAUGGUGAAGUGAGCCGCCCGUGGGGCGUUUGUGUGGACCGCGACGGGCAGAUUCUUAUUGCCGAUCGGCGCAACAAUCGUGUGCAGGUUUUUGGUCAAGAUGGUAAGCUUCGCUUCAUGUUCGGCAGCCAGGGUCAGGCCAACGGGCAGUUUGACCUGCCGGCCGGGAUCACUACCGAUCAGAUGCGCCGCAUCAUCGUGGUUGACAAGGACAACCACCGCGUGCAGAUCUUCAGCCACACUGGCACUUUCAUGCACAAGUUCGGCACCUUUGGCCGCGAGUGCGGGCAGUUUCAGUACCCGUGGGGCGUGUGCGUGAACGCCAAGGGUGACAUCCUCGUGUCGGACUCACGCAACCAUCGCGUGCAGUUGUUUAACCAGAACGGCCACUUCAUUGCCAGGUUCAACUUCGACGGCAUUCACCACACGCGCUCCCUCAAGGGCCUCACGUCGCCGCGCGGCGUCACGUGCACGCCGGCGGGCAACUUCAUCGUAUCGGACUUCGAGAACCACCGUCUCAUGAUCGUGGACCCGGGACUCACGCGCAUCAUAGCCACCAAGGGAUUCGAGGGCAUUCCCAGACAGGACUUCAGCCGUCCGUCCGGACUCUGUGUCGAUGACGACGGCCGCGUCAUUGUGGCGGACUCGAAGAAUCAGCGCGUGCUGGUCUUCACGAAGGACUUCGAUUUCCUUUGGGCGGUCGAUGUGCGUCCAGAGGUGAAGCCCGACCGUCCGCCUAUGCACGACAAGGAUCGUCCUACAGACAUCGCGCUGCUGCCGGACGGGCGCCUCGUGAUGGUCGUGGAGACGUCGCCGGAGUCGCGUGACUGCGUGGGACCCAACCAGGCCUUCGUGCACAUCUAUUGAGCUCUUUUGGCAUCACCUUCUAUCCGUUAGUGAUGUAAGAUGUCGCCCUGCGACUUUCUAUGCUUUUUUUUCUUUUUACGUAUUUUGACGCUAUUUUCUCGAUUUAUGAAGUAAUCUUUCGUUGAAAAAAUGUAAACGACAAUUUCUACCUCGUAACUUAGAAUUAAGGACACAAAAUGCUUCUACACAACUUACGAAGGUUGUAAGGAAGGGAUUUGGGGAUUUGAGCAGUUAAGAGAGAGAUAUGAAGUUAAUGUGGAAUAUAAAGAAUAGAAGACAUUUUUUCUUGCAACUCUAAAGACUUUGAUAGAUGAAAAGACUGAUUAGGAUGCAUUGGAGUCGCUCCUGAGGGUGUUUUGGGGCCACUCGGAGGAAGUGCAUUUAAUAUAAACAUUUUAAAAAAAGACUGACGAGAGUUCAAAGUUAAAGUAUUGAGCCUAUAUUUGAAUGUAAGAGACGAAGAAAUGCCACCAAAGUAGCAUUGAAUUAGAUGAAUUUUUGAAGUUUCGUCAACUCAGGCAAAUCUAUAGAUGAAUUUUACUAGUGUAGCGUAAAUAUUGAACAUUGCCUAAAAUGACGCCCAGUCAAUUUGGGGGGUUUUUAGGCCUUCGAUUGGAGGUGGAGAGGAAAAACGUGCUUUUCUCUUGAGUUUCAUUUUUUUUCAACUUCUAUUUUUAAGAUUAAUGAGUUUUCUCUCAAGAGAGCAAGACUGAUUUUUGAUAUAAUUCUAAUGAUUUGUUUGUUAGAGAAAGGCAGCCUAAAGAGAAAGAUGAAAUUUUUUACUACUCAACAAACAAUAUUUGGUCACCAAUUGAAUUAUAAAUUGAGAUUUUGAGAAAAAAAGAUAUAAAUCGAAAAAUAACAAAUUUGUGAAGCAAAUUAAAAACUUUCAAGAAUUUUUAGAUACUUUUCAUGAGAAUAUGAAAAGAAAACUUUUUAGUAUUUCUGGGAAGAUUGAAUUUUUCCAAAUGGAAUUAAAAAAAAAUCGUGUAUUUGAGAAAUAUUCCAAUAUUGUGACAAAAGUCAAAAGUAUAGAAUUCACAUUUUUUUUCUUUCAAAUUAUGAUUUAUUUUGCAAAGAGCGUUAAAGUGAAAAUUGAUGAAGAAAGAAAAAAAAGUUGUAACUUUGUUUUGUUUGAUGAAGAAAUUCUAAGUUUUAUUUUAAGAUAUUGACAAUGACGAAGAUAAAAGAAACGCUAAAAUCAUUGUAUUAUUUUCCUUUUUUGUGAUUUUUACCUUUAGUAUAUUGGUGCCAAUCCAUUUUGCCAUAAAAUUAGAGAGGAGAAUUGGAAGCAAAGCAAAAAUACAAGAAAUUAACCUCAAAUAUAGAGAGAAUCGAACCUAACAAAAGGGAAAAUGUAAAGUGCCGUGUGAUUAUUGAUCGACUGUGAGCCGGAUUCUCGGGGGGGCGCGUAUUUUGAGAAAAUGCCGCCCCGCGAAAUCGCAGGCUCUUGAGAGUUGAUCGCAAAUAAAAGAAGUUUUUUACAAGUAAAAAGAAUAGAAAUUUUACGAUUAUUUCAAAAGAAAUUGUGGAAAUUGUAGAGUAAAGAGAACACAAAGAAUGAAUUAUCUAGGCUGGUGAUUUUUCUAAGAAGAAGACGAUUUCUUAAAGAAGGAAAUUUGAUUUUUUGUCUUUUUUUAUUGUUUGUUUAUGAUUUCAUUCUUUUGCAUAUAGAAAGUGAACUCUUCGGUUUUUUUAUGAACUUAAAUUUAAAGAGAAAAAAAUAUUAACUAAAGGAAACCACAUUUAAAAGUAAUCUUAUUGAUCGAGUGUGUGUUUUUAUGGCUGGAACAAAAAAUUAGAAGCAAUUCUGAAAUAAGAAAAGUAUUGAUAAGAAAUAUUUGAGUGACAAAUCAAAGAAUUUUCAGUGAAUUCUACAAGAAAGUAAUUAAGUGAGUUUUGAGAAAACAUUUUCUAAAAGAUAUUAUAUCAGAAAGCUGCAUUAUAUACUUAAAGAAAACCCUAUUGGCUUCAAAAUUUUGCUUCAUAAGACAUUUAUAAAGAAGAAAAUAUCAAUUAUAUUAGGCGCGUGUUCUAAUUGUAGAAAUUUGGUAAUCUUAAGAAAUUUCCCAACGAAAGUCGAAAGAUUACACGUGGGAAAGAAAAAAAAAUACUAUUGGAUUCGUAAAACUACUUUGGUCUUAAAGAAAUUGAACAAAAAAUAUCUUUUUUGGUAAAAAUUAAGGAAAUUUUCUCGUCUGUUUUGCCAGACACGAAAUUGGCGAUCUCUCUGCGGACUAAUUGUACAAAUGACUGAAUAAAUGA